AUGGCCCAAGUUACAAGGCAGAUUAUUCAUUCUGCGAAUGCUCCUGGAGCUGUGGGACCGUACAGUCAAGCUGUUCGUGUUGACAACACCAUUUACAUCAGCGGCUCUCUGGGGCUAGACCCUAAGAGUGGAGACCUGAAGCAAGGAAUCAAAGAACAGACUCAUCAAUCACUGAAAAACAUCGGUGAAAUACUUAAAGCGGCAGGCGUCGGGUACGGAAACGUUGUCAAAACUACGGUUCUCUUGGCUGACAUCAAUGACUUUACCACAGUUAAUGACAUCUAUAAGGAAUACUUCACCGCUAAGUUCCCAGCGAGAGCAGCAUAUCAGGUAGCUGCACUUCCAAAGAAAGCUCUUGUUGAAAUUGAAGCCAUAGCAGUGGCUGGCGAGAUCAAGGACAUCUAA